AUGAAGGGCACAUCAAAGGUGAUAAUGGGGGCCACACUGGUAAUGGUGGUGAGCCUUGCCAUAGUGUUGGGCUUAAUCUUGGUGCUGCUAGCUGAGCUCUACUGUUCCCUCCUACUUCGCCGGCGUCAGCUCAAAACCAACACCUCCAACCCAAACCUCAACGCCACCGCCACCGCUGAUGCCGCCGACUCUGCAGCCACCACAACCUCUUCUGAGCGGCCCUCAUCACAGCCGCAAGAUCACUCAGCUGGCCCUCCUCUCAGCAGCUUUCUAGGGGUUCUUCGUGCUCCAAGAAGCUUCCUUUUCCCAUCAGUUCCUUGCAAACAAGACAAUGCAGAAAUAAAGAAACGCCAUACUCACCUUCUUCACCAGGUUUUUGACAUCCCGGUCCCAAACCAAGAAAUAUUAGCAAACACAACCCCCUGUCAUAUUGGGGUCAUAAUAUCAAGCCCAUCCCCAUCAAUUUCUUUUGUGACUUCACCGCAGCCAACCCAAGAAGACAAAAUUCAAGCUGGUAAUAGCAGUCCUGGUGCUCAUUGUAAUGAGAAAGCUGGUGGUGGUGGUGGUGGUGGUGCAGAGCAUUUUGUGUACAUUUCUAACCCCAUUUAUGACAAUGAUGAAGCAAGCACCAGGCCCAGUGGAGGAGAAAACAACACUCCCUUUGAAACUCCAGAGACUUCACCUUCAAGACUAGAAAUGGGAGGGGGUUCUUCUUCUUCUAGCUCUGGAGAGGAUGAGGUUGCCCAACCAACCCCUUCUGGUCCCUCAAGCCCAACAACCACACCUCCUCUAACUCCAAUGAAGAAGCUCCCUGCAGAGGCUUGCUCUGUUCCUCUCAGAGAUGCCAGGUCAUUGGGCACUUCAGGUAGUGAUUCCAAUACUAACAAUGGCCUCUCUUCCUCUUCAUCAGGUUCUCCUUGUACUUCUCCUUCAUGGUGA